AUGCUAUUUUUAGACUCGCCUUCCAAAUUUGCACUGUGUUUUAAGUAGCCUCGCCCGGACGAUCCGCUCGAGCCCUGGAGACCCACGUGCUGCUCCAGGGGCUGGAGGAGCUUUAACGGAAAGGCUGAGAGCGCUGGCAGCCGUCCUGCCUCCCGAAAUAUCCAUGGGGAUGCGCCAGCCCCCCCUCCCGCUACCCCAACCCGCUCUCCGCAGGGCUCGGUGGAUUGCCCCAACCUGGAGUUCGAAUACGGGGAUGCCGAUGGCCACGGCGCCGAGUUAGCAGAGCUGUACAGCUACACCGAGGAGCACGAGCUCAGCACCAACAGGAGAUGCUUCGAGGAGGAUUUUCACGCUCAAGUGCAGGGCAGGAGGUGGCUGGAGCUGGAUGGGGCUCAGCAGAAGGCCUACGUCAUGCGCCUGCUGGAUGGGCUGGAGGUGGUCAACAGGGACAAGAGGCUCAAAGUAGCACGGGCCAUCCUCUACCUGGCACAGGGCAUCUUUGGAGACUGUGAUAAUGAAGGCGAUGUCCUGCACUGGUCUCGGCACAACAGCUUCCUCCUGUACCAGCUGGGAACCUUCACUGCCUUCCUGGAGCUCCUCAACAUGGAGAUUGACAACAGCCAGGCCUGUAGCAGCGCCCUGAGGAAGCCGGCCAUCUCGCUGGCCGACAGCACGGAGCUCAGGGUGCUGCUCAGUGUCAUGUACCUGAUGGUGGAGAACAUCCGUGUGGAGCAGGAGGCGGAUCCCCCCGAGUGGAAUACCUGCCGGGAGACCUUCAGGAUGGAGCUGAGUUUCCCUGUGCACACUGAUGAGCCAUUUGCUCUUCUGCUUUUCACAAUGGUGACCAAGUUCUGCAGUGGCCAUGCUCCACACUUCCCCAUGAAGAAGGUCCUGCUCCUGCUCUGGAAGGUGCUUCUGUUCACACUGGGUGGAUUUGAAGCCCUGCAGGCAAUGAAGAUGAGGAAGCGGGAGGAGCUGGGGCUGCCACCCUUGCCGGAGGACAGCAUCCAGGUGAUGCGCAGCAUGCGUGCUGCUUCGCCUCCCACCUACUCCAUCGAGCUCAUGGAGCAGCAGCAGAAGCGUGGUCACCGCAGCCGGAGGCCCCUGGUGAAGCAAGACAGUUUGGAUAUCUACAACGAGAGAGACCCAUUCAAGAAUGAUGAAGCAGGAGUCGACGAAGAGGAGAACGAUGAUGUGGACAGUGGGAUCGAGGGGGAACUGGACCUGAUGGAGCGGGAUGCGAUUAUCCCCAUGAUGCCUGCUCAGCGCCCGCCUAUUGAAAGGGUGUCAUUCCCCAAAGGGCUCCCCUGGGCCCCUAAAGUCAGACAGAAAGACAUCGAGCAUUUCCUGGAAGCAAGCAGGAACAAAUUCAUCGGAUUCACACUGGGCCAAGACACCGAAACCCUGAUAGGGCUACCACGGCCCAUCCAUGAAAGCGUGAAGACACUGAAGCAGCACAAGUAUGUUUCCAUCUCGGAUGUUCAGAUCAAGAAUGAGGAGGAGCUGGAGAAGUGCCCUAUGUCUCUGGGGGAAGAGGAAGUCCAAGAAACCCCUUGUGAGAUACUGUAUCGAGCAAUGUUGUACAAUCUCCCCCAGUAUAUGAUAGCUUUGCUGAAGAUCCUCCUUGCUGCAGCGCCUACCUCUAAAGCCAAGACCGACUCUAUCAACAUCCUGGCAGAUGUGUUGCCUGAAGAGAUGCCCAUCACUGUUCUUCAGAGCAUGAAACUAGGGAUUGAUGUGAACAGACACAAAGAGAUCAUUGUGAAGAGCAUCUCGGCUUUGCUGCUGCUGCUCCUCAAGCACUUCAAGCUGAACCACAUCUACCAGUUUGAGUACGUGUCCCAGCAUUUGGUGUUUGCCAACUGCAUCCCGCUGAUCCUGAAGUUCUUCAACCAAAACAUCAUGUCUUAUAUCACUGCCAAAAACAGCAUCUCCGUCCUGGAUUAUCCACAUUGCACAGUCUAUGAUUUGCCCGAGCUCACUGCAGAAAGCCUGGAAGCCGGAGACAACAACCAGUUCUGCUGGAGAAAUUUGUUCUCCUGCAUUAACUUGCUGAGGAUCCUCAACAAGCUGACCAAGUGGAAACACUCGAGGACAAUGAUGCUGGUAGUCUUCAAGUCAGCCCCAAUACUGAAACGAGCUCUGAAGGUGAAGCAGGCCAUGAUGCAGCUGUAUGUUCUCAAACUGUUAAAAAUCCAGACCAAAUACCUGGGGCGCCAGUGGAGAAAGAGCAACAUGAAAACCAUGUCUGCCAUUUACCAGAAGGUGCGGCACCGCAUGAACGAUGACUGGGCUUAUGGCAACGAUAUCGAUGCAAGACCAUGGGAUUUCCAGGCUGAAGAAUGCACCUUGAGAGCCAACAUCGAAGCCUUCAACAGCCGGAGGUACGACAAACCUCAGGACUCGGAGUUUGCGCCAGUGGACAACUGCCUGCAGAGCGUGCUGGGGCAGCGGCUGGAGCUCCCCGAGGACUUCCACUACUCCUACGAACUCUGGCUGGAGCGAGAGGUGUUUUCCCAGCCCAUUCGCUGGGAGGAGCUGCUGCAUUACCAGUGAGAGCGACACCGUCACCUGCCCCCCAGUCCCACCUCAGUAAGGACUCAAGGUGCUACAGGCUGAGGAAAGGAACAUUAU